AUGGUCUACGACAACUUCGCACAUUUAGAAAGAUCCCUGUAGUUGUUGCGACCAAGCACGACCAUCGCGCAGCAUCGCCCUGGCAAGCGGAGACGGCGAAGCACGAUCGGUUCCGACGACGAAGCACCAAGGGACCUCCUGCGCCAACACCAGUCGGACCUUCGGAGAAGUUCUUUUUAUGGUCUUCUUGUCCUCACGCCUCGCAGUGCAAGUGAAGUUUUCCACUGAAGAAGGGAAGAACAAACCUCCUGAGAAAGAAGAACACUACAGUAACCACUCUCAGCAAGGGCAUCAAAAUGCAGCUGAUGAGGAGUAUGAUCAUGGGCGUCUUCUUCGUCCCACACUUUUGUUUCUUUCUCCAACCCUUGUUCAACAUCCCGUCUCUGUUCCUACCGGCUGCGGCAACAACUCCGGUGGCCUUUAAAUUCGCACGGCAGGUGGAAAACUAUCUGCUAGGGCAACUAGGAGCAAACACGGGAAAUAAACAGGACCACGAGCAGCAGGGGCAACGACUUAGAGGGCACCAUCAGCGGGUAGAAGUACUUGUAGCAGCAAAAGUUUCAUCAUCAGCGGCAUCUCGCGUUGCCGGUGGAGGUCCUGUGAAGAACAAUCUGGAGCAGCUGCACCAGGUUCGAGAUGGAAGCGGAAUCCAACACCAGGGUGUACGAGGUGGAAACAAACUGCCAAGCCGAGGAGCGCGACCGAAAUCAAGCAACCGCCGCAAGCGAUUGCGCGCCGCGACCGAGCCGCAGCCGGAACCGCGAGGGCAGGACCAGGAGACCUCAGGCUGCUGCAUGAACCCGACAACACUUGCGAGCAAUGGUUGUCGGGUUACACAAGAUGAAACAAGGGAUCAUGCGCAAAGAAGUCAUCUGAACCACAAAAAUGACCCAUCUGGAUCUGCUGCUGAAGUAGGAGUAGAUUUACCAGAGCAGCAAAGUGUAGCUGAAGAGGAGCUACCUCGAAGUAGUUCCUCGCCUCCUGCCCGCAGCACAAGGUCUACUGUUUCGUUCUGCGACGUGGCGAGUCACGUUUUGGGGCAGGAUCUCAGCUCGUUCCUGACCAUUCAGGACCUCGGGCGGUUGAGUGCGGUGGGAAAGAAUUUUGUUACCCGCGGAAGAUCUGGAUCUGGUCGUAGUUCUGGGAAUACAACCCCGUCGUCAACAGCAUCAUCCACCUCUUCUUCAAGGGGACCUGGCGCUACUCCUCGUUCUACUUCUUCACAAAAAAAUCGAGAACGAGAACCGGAGGACGAGACUUGUCCCGACAGUACGGGUUUAGCGGCUUUGUUUUUGCAAGAAACGUAUAAAAACAUUAGUGAGGACGAACAUAGCGAUCCCAUCACCGGCACUACAAGAACUAUAGCUGACCACUACAACAUCCAGGAAGACGAAGAUGUUGAUUGCGACAACAUUUCUAGAGCAUCUACUCCGUGCAGUGUGAAGACAAGUGGCAAAGCUCGCCACAUCGAAGAGACCGCCGCGUCCACACGGGCUUGCCUGGUGGAGACGCUGUUCGCCUUGAGUCUUCCAGAAGUCUACACGGAAGCGCGGCGUCCUGGGGAGGUGAAUGCUGAGGGAACUGUGAUGGACCCACCUGUCGUGGAGCCGUGCUUGUUGAGUUGUCACGAUCAUCUUGACCACCUCACGGGAAAAAUGGAGGAGCGGUGCGCGGCGUGCUACAAGUUGAAGCCGUGGAUGGUGGUUCCUACGAAGGCGGAGUUCAUGGCAAAGGCGAGAAUUCAUGGAGUUCAUGGCAAAGGCUACGAAGGCGGAGUUCAUGGAAUUGUUCCCCCGCCGCCGCCCGGGUGGACUAAAACUCCGCCACACACGUCGGAGGUUGCGCCCGGGGUGUUUCUAGCGGAUGAGAAUACGCAACUCGGCGCGCGGCCUGUGGAUGCGAAGAAGAGACAGGCUUUGUUCCAGGAUUAUCCGCCGUUUCAACACAACCAGGAAAUAAAACUGCUCGAAAAACAGCUGGAAACGUGGUCGCUGCGCAGUAGGGC